AAACGGAACCAAAGUGGUAUCGUCCAUUAGUGAAACCAACAUGGAGGCUCUGGUAGAGUAAACACAUCUUCACUGAGGUGAAAUGUUCAAUCAAGUCCAAAGGAGGAGAUGCAAUCAUUGACAGAGUAAAGAGGAUGAAUGCAUGAACUGAUCUGCAGCAAACCCUCCUCAGACUCAGGCCUGUGUUAACCCUCCAAGCUGCAGCUGAUAACGGUUUACUGCUUGAUGCAUGAGUCUGCAGCUGUCUGAGCUGCUCGUGUUGACGGUGCACGGUGCGACAGGUCGGUGAUGGAACCGGGACAAGUCACCGGGGUGUACGGAGAGGUCAGCGGCCUCCCGGCUCCGGUUGCUGCACAUGUGAGUGAAGAGCAGCUCCCAGAGGUCCGGAUAUACACCGUUAACACAGAGUGGAGUCAGAGCGACCUGGUUCGAGGCUCCAGACUUCGCUACUCGCAGCAGUGGACUCUGAUCACAGACAGCAACGACCACAAGAGCAUCAGAACCGUCCUCCCUCCAGGACCCUGUGUACCUUUGUCUGGAGAGUUACUGAGUGGAGUCUCUCCUGUUCGAGGUUUGAGGGCCGUUAUCAGGGAAAUAAGUGGCCACCAGCUCCUCGAGAUAUGGGACCACCAGGGCCUCAGGAAAUGCCUCAACCUGACUGCUUUCAACAAACACGGCAGAGUGUACGACGACGUCCAGUUUGGCUGUCUGUCGUGGUCGGAGUGCGAGAACAGACUGCUGUAUGUAGCUGAGAAGUCCAAGAACACAAUACAAACAUAUGAUGAUGAAUCUGCAUGCAGGAAGGACAGGAGUGUGUACAGUGAAGACUGGGGCGAGGCUCUGACCAAUAAGAGCGUUCCAGUGAUUUGUGUGGUGAAUCUGCAGAGCGGCUCAGUCGGCGUUCUGCAGGGCGUCCCGCCUGCUGUCUCACCUGGACAGGCUCUGUGGGCUCCCGGCAGUCGGUCGGUGUUUUUUGUCGGUUGGUACCACGAACCGUUCAGACUCGGACUGAAGUUCUGCUCCAACCGCAGGUCAGCGUUAUUCAAGCUGGAACUGGAUGGAAACUGUGAGCGUCUCUCUGUGGACAACGUGUCGGUGUCCUGUCCCAGGCUGAGUCCAGACGGGUCCACGCUGAUCUACCUGCAGGGUCGCGUGUUUGGUCCUCACAACCAGUGCCUCAGUCUGCAGCAGUUGGAUCUGAAGAGCGGGAAGACGUCCACACUGUUGGAUGUUGUCCACAGACCACAGACUGGUGAGUUUGCAGGUGUGUAUGAGGCUCUACCUCCCUGCUGCUGGUCUGCAGACGGUCAGAGAGUGAUGUUCAGCAGUGCCCGCAGAAACUGGAAGGAUCUCUUUAUGGUCGACAGAAGAUCAAACAAAGUCACCUCCCUCUCUGAUAGUCUCUCUGAUCUGUCAGUUUAUGGCAGCUGGAAGCUGCUGACAGUCCAGAAGGACCUGAUGGUCGUCUGCUGCUCCAGCCCGAACACACCUCCCACUCUGAGGGCGGGUUUCCUCCCCUCAGCAGGUGAGGCUGUGACCUGGCGAACCCUGCAGAAGCCCGUCAUGACCUUUGACUUCCACUGGAAAGUUGUAGAUGUUACACCUCCACCAGAGGAGAACAACGCACACUACUCUGGUUUAGACUUCGGGGCUGUCCUGGUUAAACCGUCCCGUCCCUUCCAUGAAGCCAAGACACCUCUGGUCGUCUUCAUCCACGGUGGCCCCCACUCCCAGUUCUCAGCAGAGUGGAACAGCACCACAGCUGGACUGACUAAACUCGGCUUAGCUGUGCUCAUGGUGAACUACCGGGGAUCCACAGGGUUCGGCCAGGACAGCAUUUUAUCCUUGAUUGGUCAGAUUGGAACCCAGGAUGUAAAAGAUGUGCAGAGGGCCGUGCUCACUGCGCUGAAGAGGGACACCACCCUUGACCCCGAACGACUGGCUGUGAUUGGUGGUUCUCACGGGGGUUUCCUGUCUUGUCAUCUGGUUGGUCAGUACCCAGAGUUCUACAGAGCGUGUGCGGCCAGGAACCCCGUCAUCAAUGCUGCUACUCUAGUGGGCACCAGUGACAUAGUAGACUGGCGUUACACCAGUAUGGGAUUUCAGUACUCAUAUGACCAGAUACCCACUGCUGAAGCCCUGGCUGCCAUGUUGGAGAAGUCACCCAUCACACAUGCUGCUCAGAUCAAGGCUCCAGUGUUACUGAUGCUUGGGGGCAGAGACAGGCGAGUGUCUCCUCACCAGGGUCUGGAGCUCUAUAAAGCACUGAAGAGCAGAGCCUCAACGGUCAGAUUGUUGUGGUUUCCAGAAGACGGACACUCUCUGUCCAGAGUGGACACGCAGGCCGACUGCUUCCUCAACACAGUGCUGUGGCUGCACCAGCAUCUCUGAACUCACACACACAAAAUUACCUUCACACCGGGGCGGCUGUGGCUCAGAGAGGAGAGCAGGUCGUCCACCAAUCGGAAGGUCAAGGUUCGAUCCCUGGCUGCUCCGGUCACAUGUCGACGUGUCCUUGAGCAAGACACUUCACCCCAAAUUGCUCCAGAGUAUUGAGUAUUUAGAUUAGAUCCUGAUGGGCAAAGUUGGCACCUUAGCAGCCUCUGACAUCAGUGUGUGAAUGUGUGUAUGAAUGGGUGAAUGCUGACAUGUAGUGUAAAGAGCUUUGAGUGGUCAGAAGACUAGAAAAGCGCUAUAUAAAUGCAAGUCCAUUCACCAUUUACCAUAGUGUUCUAAAAAAGUAUUAAUAUUUCAAACGGUUUCAACACUCCUUUUCUGCGGUAUCGAUACACAGGUACCAGCUGAACUUUCUGCUCUCUCUUCUCUCCGACAGCGAGUUGAAACACACACACUGCUAGUUAUCUUUUAAUAAAAAUCUAAAAUUUUAUGCACUCAAUGUUGUCAAUUUUUCCCUCAUGGUAUUGAAAAAUGGUGUCAAAUAUCGAUAUGUUUCAAGGUAUUCAAAGUUAGAAAUCCCAGUAUUGUGACAACACUAUAGCAUGGACAAUCUUGAAAACACAUCUGCCUUUUUAACAACAAAAAUAUUUUACAAUGUACCUCAUUUUGCAAAAUAAUUUCCAAAUCAAAGCAUGUAAUAAACAAAAAACCUGUAUUAACGUA